ACGUUGCGAGUGUAGGAGCGUGGGCAUAAAGUCGUUGACAGUCGAAAACAAACUCUCACUUCUUCCUUCCUUCCUUCCUUCUCUUCUGCGUUUUCUUCUUCAACAUUCCAAUCUAAUCCAAAACGCUGCGUUUUAUUUCGUAUUCAAUUUAAUUCAAUCCCUAAAUUCCUCGCCGGAGAGAGCGAAUCUUAAUAACCCCACCACUUUCCGGCGAAACAUGGCCGUCGCCGUCGCCGGCCGCCAGAAGCCGAGCUCCGACGCGAGCCUCUUCACGCUCUGCCCCUUCUGGAGCUCGCGCAACGCUACUCAAAGGUCCACCAAAACGGUGUCGUCCGUCGCCAGGUCGCUGCUCCGUCCGCGCCGGAAACUCCGCCUCGAUCCUUCCAGUUACCUCUAUUUUCCAUAUGAACCGGGAAAGCAGGUGAGGAGCGCGGUUCGGUUGAAAAACACUAGCAAGUCUCACGUUGCUUUCAAGUUCCAAACGACGGCGCCAAAGAGUUGUUACAUGCGGCCUCCGGGUGGUACUCUUGCUCCGGGAGAAAGUUUGAUUGCAACGGUGUUUAAGUUUGUGGAGCAACCUGAAAACAAUGAGAAGUUGUCGGAUCAGAAGCACAAGGUGAAGUUCAAAAUCAUGAGUCUCAAAGUGAAGGAAGGAGUGGACUAUGUACCUGAGCUGUUUGAUGAACAAAAGGAUCUAGUGACAAUGGAACGAAUAUUGAGGGUUGUCUUUAUAGAUCCAGAACGGCAAAGUUCUGUUUUGGAAAAACUGAAAAGACAAUUGGCUGAAGCUGAUGCCGCAGUUGAAGCUCGGAAGAAGCCUCCCGUGGAGGCAGGUCCUCGGGUUGCUGCCGAAGGGCUUGUAAUUGAUGAAUGGAAAGAGAGAAGGGAGAAGUACUUGGCCCGGCAACAAGUUCAAGCAGUAGAUUCAGUGUAAAACGCAAUUUGUUCUUCCAGCUAAUUCUUUUCUUCAGGGAAACACAAUCAAGAUAUCAUUGCUAUGCCACUGUUGCCAUCAACCUUGGGUGCGCUUCAAAAUAACUGUUAGGGGAAUUGGUUGGUACCCAAUUGGUAGUUUGAGAACGCAAUCUAAUGGAAAGAUUCGAUGUAUAAUUUGUCAGAAUUCUUGUUCUUUGGAGGAACAGUCCGAUUUGUGCAUAGUAGAGUUUGCUUGUUUGAAAAUAAAUGCAAUUCCUCACUGCUGCUGCUUGUGAAAUAAUCUUGAAAUAACAGGUUAUUCAUGAUAAAUCAUAUUUUUUUGUGCA